ACACUGUACAAAAAAUAUCGAUACGCCAGCGAUAGCAAUAAUUGAAUUUCAAGAAAUUUGUUAAAUUGCCGGUCUUAAAAAUGGAAGACUUAAACGACGAUUCCUUUGAUGAUGUUUUGGCAUGUAUGGACAUACCUACAGCGCCAAAGCAAACUAAAAUACAAGCAGCUAGCGAAACAGCAACUACGAGCAGCUCCAUUGCAGGCAUAGCUAAGCCACCGCCAUCAAAUCCUCACAGCGUUUUAGUGCACACGAAGCAACGCGGUAAUCCUAUCCUGAAAUCUAUUUUGAAUGUGCCUCUGGAGUAUCGUGAUGAUAUAAUACCGGACUAUGUGGUGGGUCGGACUGCCUGCAUACUUUUCUUAUCGCUUAAAUAUCAUAAUCUUAAUCCGGAUUACAUAUGUCAACGUCUUAAAGCACUGGGCAAGCUAUAUGAGCUUCGCGUGCUGCUUGUCCAAGUGGACACACCGGAGCCCCAUAAUGCGCUCAAAAGCUUAACACGAAUUUCCCUGUUAGCAGAUUUAACAAUGAUGCUGGCCUGGAAUGCCGACGAGGCGGGCAAAAUCAUUGAAACUUACAAACAAUUCGAGAAACGUCCUCCAGACUUGAUUAUGGAGCGCGUGGAGUCCAAUCCUCACCAAAAGCUUGUAGCGGCAUUGACCAACAUUAAACCGGUAAACAAAACAGAUGCUGUUACCUUACUUCAAAUCUUUGGCAAUCUUGAAAAUCUUAUUAAUGCCAGCGAGGAGCGUCUGUCUCAAGUCAUGGGAUUAGGGCCACGUAAAGCCAAGAAAUUGUACAAAACGCUGCACGAACCAUUUCUAAGCAAAUAAGCCAAGUUAUUUAUUACAAUAUAUCCAUUACUUAUAUUAUACACAAAGACCUUAGAAC